AUGUGGCUUGGCUCGUUCUCUUGUCUUACUGUAUGCAGUUAUCAUGAUCCCCUCGCCUCGCUCUCCCCCCUUCAUGGCCAGGGUGAUGGGCAGGCCAGCACACCAGGACUUGUGAGUCCAUCAGACCAACCAGCUGACCUGGAGCACCACGCCUGGAGCACCAUGCCUGGAGCACCACACCUGGAGCAGCACGCAAGGAGCACCACGCCUGGAGCACCACGCCUGGAGCACCAUGCCUGGAGCACCACACCUGGAGCAGCACGCAAGGAGCACCACGCCUGGAGCACCACGCCGAGCACCACACCUGGAGCAGCACGCACGGAGAGCAAUGGCAGCACAGGGACGCCUCAAGUGAAGGCGUGGCGCAAAACUGGGAGAGCAGCGGAAGGAACGUGGCUCCGAGCCGUGGAGUGCGUUGUGAACAACAUCCAUUGCUUGCUUCUCCAAGACAAGAGCUGGCAUGUCAACACUCUUUCACAUCCUCAACCUCUCAUCCACUCGCUUCUCCUCUCCUUGCUCACGCCACUCUUCAAGUUCCUCUCGUCUCUUUCUCUCUCCAUCCUUCCUCCCCUCUCUCCAGCACUCAAAGGGGGGACGGACGGGAAUGGCAGCGAGUGGACGGGUACUGUUCAUGUGCGUGUGGGGAGAAGGGGGGAUGGGGGGAAGGGGGGUGGGGGCGUGCAUGUGUGCGUGUGCGUGUGUGCAUGGCUAGGAGUGUUCCUCUCAGCCUUCAAGCUCUGGAGUGUGGCGGAUUGCUCCAGCCUAGCAGCCUAA